CAGUGAAAUGUUAGCGGCUGGAGUGGCGGAAGACGGCGCCCCGCAAGCGGCGGCCGGCGCGCACGUGUGCGCCCUGUGCGGCGCCGUCUUCCGGCACCCCGACUCGCUGCGCUUCCACAAGGAGGUGCACAAGGGCCGCACGCGCUGCCCAGUCUGCGGCCGCGUGUUCAGCCGGCGCGCCUACCUCACGCAGCACCUGCGCAUGUGCCACCCGUGCGACGCCGUCCGGUUGGCGCCUCCUUGAGCGGCGCGCGGCGGCGCAUCAGUUGUCACGAGGCCGCGGCGGCGCGCUAAGAUCCACGGAGCAUCCCUGACGGCGUUAGAGGCGCUCCGAGGCGGCAGGCCCGCCGCGGGCGACCGCUAGCCGUGCCGAACGGCGUCCUGGAGCGCAGGCUGUACUGCAGUCAGCGGAAGGGAGCCGGUAGCGGCGUCUGCGAGGGCUCGAGCGGUGUGGGGCUGGACGUAGCCGAGCCGGUUGUGAACUGAUGGCGAGCGCCGCGGCGGCGCGAUCCAGAAGCGCGCGCUGCUGGAGGCGGUGUCGCGGAAGCGGGCAGUGUGAAGAUGAGUUCGCUGCGGGCGUGGCGUACUGUGGUCAGCGGGCCGUGGCUGGUGCUGCCGCCAGAGCUGGAGCCGGCGGUCCUGUCCACGAGGCUGGUGCCGGACGGUUGACGCCGGUGGAGGCGGCGCUAGGGGCGAGCCGGAGCGGCCGGCCGCCCACGGGUCGAGCCGGGACACCGCGCAAACUCGGACGCUGUCCGCUCUCCCUCGCCGCGUGGUGUGGCCCGGGGCUGCGCUGACGGAGUGGGGCCUGGCAGCGGGCCCGGCAGAGGGCCCCGGGCCCUUUGGUGCGUGGCCGGAAGGGCCUCCGGAGCUGGGUAGGGCGGCGGUCGCUGGCGGCUGACCGUUCCGGCCGGGCUGCACCACUCCACCGCAAAGUGUGCCGAAUGCUGGAAUCUUUUGGGCCGUGGAAAUCGUCAAGUGACAUCACGCUGCCUGAAGUUGUCGUAGUCUUGUGUACUUUGGGAUCGGCGUCGCUUGGAGCGGGUUGCCUGCCAGCAGCUUCGACAGAAACUAAAAUGGUUAGUAGCUGGCGCUGUCAUUACUUUGAAAGGGUUAUUGGAGCUGUGCAUUGAUAUCCAUUUGUGAUGCGACUUAUUGAACCACUGCCAUGUAUCAUGCUGCUCACGAUGAUCCAAACAAACGUAUCCGUUGUAUUUAGUUAAUGGCUGUUAUUUCGGGAUGCAGCUUGUUAUGGAUGUACGCUAUGUUUUAUCGCCUUGUUCAUAAUGGUCCAAAU